GUGAACCAAUCAGUUUCGCACUAAUCCUUCGAAAUUUUCGAUAAAAACAUUCACAGCAUCGGAAAUGUUGAUAAUUCAAUAGCUCUUUUCUAACAUUGGGUUGAAAGUAAUAGCCGGCUCUGUUCAUGUAAAUUAGUUUUGAGUAUUGAUUUAUCGUGAAAUAUCGUACGAGCACAGCAGACGAAUAUAACCUAAAAUACUGUGAAAGUCGCUGUCGACAAUAAAUUGAGAAAAAUAGGGCAUCUUUGUAAUCACCAUCGAUCAAGUUGAAAGGGAAUGGAGGGUAAAAGACUUUGAAUACAUCGUGAAGAGACAAGACCAACAAAAAAUAUGCUUCGGCUCGGUAUGUCCUCGGGAUACCAGUUCCAAAAGUGGCAUGAAUUCCUUCAUGCGUUAUUACGCUCGAGAAGAGUUUCCAAACGUUGGACCCGGGAAAUAUAAUGUUUCUGAAUCUUUUAAGGCUAUCAAAGAGAAGCCACGUGCCGAGAGCCUGAGUAAAAAGGGCUACAGUGGGCUUGCAAGGUUCGGAUCUCACGUUUCUCAUACCGAAGAUUAUCCAGCCCCAGGCGAUUAUACGAUUAGGACGUUAUCUCCGAAGGUUAAAAGCCUUAAAUAUCCAUUCGCAUCGACUGCCAAACGAAAAACGGUAUCGAUGAAUAAAAAUCCAGGUCCAGGAAUGUACAAAAAUAUCGAUCCGGUGAAGCGUCGAAUUCUUUACGAACAUAGUUUCGGCGGCAAGAUGAGAAUGAAACUGGGCGUUCAAAUAAAAUGUACUAAACGCAACAACGACGUUUGCGAACUCUGCGGUAAGAAACCAACGGGUGACUACUGGCAUUUGAAUAAUCAAGUCUUCCUAUGUCGUCCUUGCAUGGUCGAAGAACGACGCAAACUCUCCAAACACACGAAGCUUGAACUACAAGAAUUCCGUAAACUCCGCGAUUGCUCAGAAAUCCAUCUGCACGAUGGUACAGAUGCAAAAAUAUGGUUGAUGCAUCCUGGCGAGAUCGAAAAGUGGACACGACAAGAAGCUUAUCUUUGUGCGUAUUUCAAAGAUUAAUGAGAAGAGCAAAGAUAAAGCGAUACGAAAAAUCUCAAAGUGCUCAAUAUGAAACUCAGCGACUUAGACAAAUAUCUGCAAAGGGAAUAUUACGUUGGAGGAAAACUUCGAACUUCCAUAAGUUAAAACGAAAAAGUGACGAACCCAAAGAAAUUUUUCACCCGGAAUUCGUCACAGCUCAGAAUAGCGACAAUGUUAAAUUUCGAAUUUGCCUAUCUCUGUAUCCAAAUGGAUAUUGGAGCCUAAAGAACGAAAAUAAUAUUCGCGCCAUCGGGAAAUGUGUUCAUCGUUUAUUCCUGUAACUCUGUUGAGUAUUAAUAGUUUAUUAACGUUGAAAGAGUCUCAAUAAAAUUUCCAUCGUUGAAUCGAA